GCUUAUCAAAGCAUUUUUCAGUAAACUAUUAUAGAAGGAAAUCGUGAAAUCAAAGCAUAACACAAUGUCUCAACUCUCAACACUCUUGAACUUUCAUGUAGGUCACAGGGGAAGCAGAAUAUACUGAUGCCCCAGUGCCUCCAAAUCUUCACGUGGUUUUGCUGGUAUGUUUCUUGCCAAAUACGGUCCAGCAGAUAAUAAGACUGGACCUGUGGUAGCUGAUGAAGAAUUAUUUGCUACAGAUGUGGUCACAUGUGUGGGACAAGUCAUUGGUGUGGUUGUUGCGGAUACACAUGAAAAUGCUAUAUUACCAGCAAUAUUAUCAAUCAAGGAGGCUAUUGCUGCUAAAAGUUUCCACCCAAACACAGAGAAAAUGCUAAGGAAAGGAGAUGUAGAGCUAUGCUUUCAGUCAGGUCAGUGAGAUAGGAUAAUAAAUGGAGAGGUUCAAAUGGGCAGCCAGGAACACUUUUACAUGGAGCCCAUGGUAGUUUGGUCUGGACAAGUGAUGGUGGCAACGAAGGUUGGGUUUACUAAUGGUGGGAAAGUAUUGGCGUAUGACCUUGAAGUCUACAACAAUGGUGGAAACUCUUUGGAUCUUUCCCAAGCUGUUCUUGAGAUUGCCAUGUUUAACUCUGAUAAUGUCUAUGAGAUCCCACAUGUGAGGAUCAGAGGGAACGUUUGCUUUACUAACUAUCCUAGCAACACUGCUUUCCGAGGCUUUGGAGGUCCGCAAGGCAUGCUUAUAACCGAAAACUGGAUCCAGAGAAUCGCAGCUGAACUGGAUAGAAGCCCUGAAGAAAUCAAAGAGAUGAACUUUCAAGUGGAAGGCUCUAUCACACAUUACUCUCAGUGUAUUCAGCAUUGCACACUGCAUCAGCUCUGGAAGGAGCUGAAAGUGUCUUGCAACUUUCUAAAGGCUCGUAGAGAAGUCGACGAUUUUAAUAGCCACAACCGGUGGAAAAAGCGUGGUGUGGCUAUGGUUCCUACAAAGUUUGGCGUUUCAUUUACCAAAAAGUUCAUGAACCAGGCAGGUGCUCUUGUUCAUGUGUACACAGACGGCACUGUUUUGGUGACACAUGGAGGUGUAGAGAUGGGUCAAGGAUUGCAUACGAAGGUUGCCCAAGUUGCUGCUUUUGCCUUUAACAUUCCCCUUAGUUCCGUUUUUGUAUCAGAGACGAGCACCGACAAGGUUCCAAAUGCGUCACCAACCGCUGCUUCUCUGAGCUCUGCAUGUACGGUGCUGCGGUUUUGGACGCUUGUGAGCAGAUUAAAGCACGAAUGGAGCCUCUUGCCACUAAGCUCAGUGGCAACUCCUUUGCUGAGCUGGCAAGUGCAUGCUAUUUUCAACGAAUAGACCUCUCGGCUCAUGGCUUUUACAUUGUUCCCGACGUUGGCUUUGACUGGAUCUCUGGUAAAGGAGACCCAUUCAGAUAUUACACCUAUGGAGCUGCGUUUGCGGAAGUUGAGAUCGAUACAUUAACCGGUGACUUUCACACAAGAACGGUCGAUAUAAAGUUGGACCUCGGAUAUUCUCUUAACCCAGCCAUAGAUAUUGGACAAAUAGAAGGAGCAUUCGUACAAGGGUUAGGUUGGGUAGCUCUAGAAGAAGUGAAAUGGGGAGAUGCAUCUCAUAAAAGGAUUAAACCAGGGAAUCUACUCACUUGUGGACCUGGUAACUACAAGAUACCUUCCAUUAACGACAUUCCCUUCAACUUCAAUGUUUCUCUUCUCAAG